AUGGAGUCACUGGACGAGCUGGACCUGCUGCUGCUGGAGGAGGACGGCGGAGCGGAGGCCGCGCCGCGGGUGGAGCUACUUCAGGAGAAGACGGACACUUUCUUUCCUGGAACAGUUCUCAGCCGAGGAGUGGAUAACCGAUACCUGGUGCUAGCCGUGGAGACCGUGCAGGAUGAGAGAGGAGCUGAGGAGAAGCGCUUGCUCAUCACCGCAUCCCAGGACAGAGAGCAUGAAGUUCGGUGCAUCCUGAGGAACGGCUGGUGUUCGGUCCCGGUGGAGCCAGGGGACAUCAUUCACUUAGAGGGAGACUGCACAUCUGAGCCGUGGAUAAUUGACGAUGACUUUGGCUAUCUCAUCCUGCACCCGGACAUGCUGAUCUCUGGCACAAGCGUGGCUAGCAGCAUUCGGUGUCUGAGAAGAGCUGUCCUGAGUGAGACUUUCAGGGUCUCUGAUCCAGCCACCCGCCAAAUGCUGGUCGGUACGAUUCUCCAUGAAGUCUUUCAGAAAGCAGUAAGCGAGAGCUUUGCCCCAGAGACGCUCCAAGAGCUUGCCCUUCAGACUCUCCAAGAAGUAAGGCAUUUGAAGGAGAUGUAUCGCUUGAAUCUGAGUCAAGAAGAAAUAAGAUGUGAAGUUGAGGAAUAUCUCCCCUCUUUCUCUAAGUGGGCCGAGGACUUCAUGCAUAAAGGCCCCCUUGCUGAAUCCCCUCAGAUGCAGCUCUCUCUGCCAAGCGAUGGCAGUAACAGAAGUUCACCUUGUAACAUUGAAGUCAUCAAGUCGCUGGAUAUUGAAGAAAGCAUCUGGUCCCCUAGGUUUGGACUGAAAGGCAAAAUAGACGUCACAGUCGGAGUCAAAAUCCAUCGAGGUUGUAAGACGAAGUAUAAGAUAAUGCCGUUGGAGCUGAAAACUGGCAAAGAAUCGAAUUCUAUCGAACACCGAAGUCAGGUGGUCCUGUACACACUGCUAAGCCAGGAGAGACGAGAGGACCCUGAGGCUGGCUGGCUUCUCUACCUCAAGACAGGGCAGAUGUACCCUGUGCCCGCCAACCAUCUGGACAAAAGAGAACUGCUGAAGCUCAGGAACCAGCUGGCCUUCUCCCUGCUGCACCGAGUGAACAGAGCAGCUCCGGGGGAGGGGGCACGGCUUUCUGCCUUGCCACAAAUAAUCGAGGAAGAGAAAACUUGUAAAUAUUGUUCGCAGAUAGGCAACUGUGCUCUUUAUAGCAGAGCAAUUGAAGAACAGGUAGAUGACGCUUCCAUCCCAGAAAGCAUGCUGUCCAAAAUCCAGGAAGAAACCCGGCACCUGCAGCUGGCACACUUGAAGUAUUUCAGCCUGUGGUGUCUCAUGUUAACGUUGGAGUCGCAAUCUAAAGAUAACAGAAAGAAUCACCAGAGUCUCUGGUUAACGCCUGCUUCCAAACUGGAGGAGAGUGGCAACUGCAUUGGAAACCUAGUCAGGACGGAGCCUGUAGAGCGAGUUUGUGAUGGACAGUACUUAUAUAAUUUUCAGCGGAAAAAUGGCCCCAUGCCAGCCACCAAUCUGAUGGCAGGGGACAGGAUUAUUUUAAGUGGAGAAGAGAGAAAACUAUUCGCUUUGUCUAAAGGCUACGUGAAGAAGAUUACCAAGGCAGCCGUCACCUGCUUGCUAGACAGGAACUUGUCGACACUCCCAGAAACAACAUUGUUUCGAUUAGACCGGGAAGAAAGGCAUGGGGAUAUAAAUACUCCGUUAGGAAAUCUGUCUAAACUGAUGGACAACACAGAUACCAGCAAAAGACUUCGAGAAUUAAUCAUUGACUUCAGGGAACCUCAGUUCACAGCCUACCUCAGCUCCGUCCUUCCACACGAUGCGAAGGACACGGUGGCCAGCAUUCUAAAGGGUUUGAAUAAGCCUCAACGACAAGCAAUGAAGAAGGUUCUUCUUUCUAAAGACUACACACUCAUUGUUGGCAUGCCGGGGACAGGCAAGACGACGACAAUAUGUGCCCUUGUAAGGAUCCUCUCUGCCUGUGGUUUCAGCGUUCUGCUGACCAGCUACACACACUCUGCUGUUGACAAUAUUCUCUUGAAGUUAGCCAAGUUUAGAAUCGGAUUUUUGCGUCUGGGUCAGUCUCAUAAGGUCCAUCCGGACAUCCAGAAGUUCACAGAGGAGGAGAUUUGCAGAUCGAGGUCCAUUGCGUCCUUAGCCCAUCUAGAAGGGCUCUAUAACAGUCACCCUAUCGUUGCAACAACCUGCAUGGGAGUAAACCACCCAAUAUUUUCCCGGAAGACUUUUGAUUUCUGUAUUGUGGAUGAAGCCUCUCAGAUCAGUCAGCCCGUCUGCCUGGGCCCACUGUUCUUUUCUCGGAGAUUUGUGUUGGUGGGAGACCAUCAGCAGCUCCCUCCCCUGGUUCUAAACCGGGAAGCCAGAGCUCUGGGCAUGAGUGACAGCUUGUUCAAGAGGCUGGAGCAGAAGGAGAGUGCUGUUGUGCAGCUGACCGUGCAGUACCGAAUGAACAGGAAGAUUAUGUCCUUGAGUAACAAGCUCACAUACGAAGGGAAACUGGAGUGCGGAUCAGACAGAGUGGCCAACGCAGUGAUAACCCUGCCCAACCUCAAGGAAGUCAAGCUGAGCCUGGAGUUUUAUGCUGAUUAUUCUGAUAACCCCUGGCUGGCGGGAGCAUUUGAGCCAGACAAUCCCGUUUGUUUCCUUAAUACAGAUAAGGUCCCAGCGCCAGAACAAAUUGAAAAUGGUGGCGUGAGCAAUGUCACGGAAGCCAGGCUCAUCGUCUUCCUAACCUCAGCUUUUAUAAAGGCAGGCUGCAGCCCCUCAGAUAUCGGCGUCAUUGCACCGUACCGGCAGCAGCUGCGGGUCAUCAGCGACCUACUGGCCCGGUCUUCUGUUGGGAUGGUUGAGGUUAACACAGUAGACAAAUACCAGGGAAGGGACAAGAGUCUCAUCCUGGUGUCCUUUGUUAGGAGCAAUGAGGAUGGAACCCUUGGCGAGCUCCUGAAAGACUGGCGGAGACUCAAUGUGGCGAUAACCAGAGCCAAGCACAAACUGAUCCUGCUGGGCAGCGUGUCCUCGCUGAAGCGCUUCCCCCCUCUGGAGAAGCUCUUUGACCAUCUGAACGCAGAGCAGUUAAUCAUGGACCUUCCAUCAAGAGAGCAUGAGAGCCUCUGCCACAUCCUGGGUGACUGUCAGAGAGGUUGACGCACUGCACCGCUACCUGUCUCGGCAUCGGCAGUGACGUGAUGCUCCAGCAUACGUUUGCUGGAAAUGGCCACCCUUAAACUGGAGAUGACUUUCAGCCAUCUUUUAGGUACAUAAGGACGUGAACGUACUCUUUUCAAAGUUCCAGAUUUUGCUCUUCUGUUACCAGGCAAAAUUAUACUUUAAAAGUACUGAUGUACCCAAAAUUGAGAAGUCUAAAUUUGCAAAUACGUCUGUGUGUGGAAAAAUAUCUGUGUAUGGCCAAGGAAAAAAAAAGUAAGAUUUUCACCUUAAAAGUCUUGGGGUCUGUGCUGUAACGCCUGAGGAUCAGUCAUAUUCAAGGUCGAGGUCCUCAAAAGAAACUACAACUCUGGGUUCUGAUUCCAGAAUCGUAGUCGUUAAAUUUAAAAGAUCAGACAGACUGGCCCGUAUCAUUGGUUGAAGCCACUGUGCCAAGGAGACCAGGGGACCAUUUCUCUGAAUCUUGGGGUUUCCUGGUUGGCUUUGCUUUUCAGUGUCACCUGUGAUUUUGCUCUGAGCUUGGUCUUUGAGUUACACCCAUGAGUUGUGUGUCCUGUUCUUUACUCCUCACCUUCCCUGUCCCUUCGUAAGUUUUUGGGACUCUGAAGUUUAACAUUAGAGGAGGACUCAAUAUAAAAUGUAUUUUUAAUGUAUUUUUUUAUGAAGCA